AUGUAUAUACAGGCGUGUUUCCCCCAUGAUGUCGAGAUAUGCACCGGCAAGAACCAGCCUCACUGUGUUCACCAUGCGUUCGUCCUCCAGCAGGACUCUUCUCACACCCUCUACGGCAUUGCCCUGAAGGUCUGGUCUCGGGCAGACGAGAAGCGUGCCGAGACCAUCAGGGAGUUGCGUAAGAAGACAGAAGUCAACUUCUACGACAACGCAGAGGAGAUAUAUUGGAUCCCUUACUGCCUCAGCUUCCUCUCCAGAUACCCCCUUUACAAUCUCCUAGGUGAUUAUCUCCGUGGAAUGUGGAUCCAUUGGAAUAAGGCCACCAAUCUGUUCCAUGCAGAGGAAGUUUCCAGAAUCCUCAGCUUUCCGGCGCCCCGUCUUAACGACCUGGUGCGUAUUGACAUGAAGGACUAUGCACUGUGCUAUCAGUUCCCUUCGUCCCCCACUGGCUAUCAAAACUUUGCUAUGUGGCCUUUGUUUUCCUGUCUUUCCAUUCCAAACAUCGUGGGUGUCAUUGAAGCCGCCGUUUCCCCUACCCGUAGAAUCAUCUUCGUCAGCCAUUACCCUGCUAUCUUGACCGUUGCUACUGAGACUAUCCGCUAUUGCGUCCGAGUGUACGAGUGGAGUGGCCUGUAUAAUCCUGUCGUGCAUGCCAGACAUGUCAAGGAGCUCGUUGAAGAGCCUGGCCCGUAUAUCCUUGGUGUAACUACCGAAUGCCGGGAUCUGUUCACUGCUCCAACAGAUGCAUUGGUUAUCGACCUAGAUCGCAACUUUGUAUUAACCUCAAGUCCUCCAAACAUCCUCACGCAGGGCCAGAGAAAUAAGAUGAUCACUCGUCUUACCCAGGCUUUGAACGGGGAGGUGACUCCAACCGGACCUCCUCCCCACCUUAGAUCUGCUUAUGGUGGUGGAAAGCUAGUUCCAGCUGGUCAGAUCAUCGUCAUGAGGGGAGAAGUUGAAAGUGUCCAGGACCCCCAAUGGUGGAAUCAGGAUGCUGUCAUGGCUGUCAUGGACCAUGUUUGCGAGAAAUUGGGUCGCAAUACUGGUUUGAAAGCUGUGUUUGGAGGAUCAGUCAAGAAGCCAUUGAUGACCAAGGUGUCCAUGAGACAUCUUAACGAGAUCGUCCGUGAACGUAACCAGUACUCCAGAGAUGCUCUUGAAGCCUGGCAAGACUUCAUUAAUCUCAAGGGUAGAAUGGAUACUGAGUUAACCAAGGUCACCAAACGCAACAACUUCCUUGUCGAGGAGCUCGAGACCUGGAAGCAGCAAUUCCUCAAGUUCCAGAAGUUUGCUGAACAGCUUACCAAGGAAACGUCAGAGCUCAAGGUCAAGAUUGAAACGCAUAAGCGUGAAAGUCGCCGCCUUACCAGUCUUAUCGACCAGCAGAAGGAUGAUAUCAUUCGCCUUACUCUGCGUCUAUCUGGCACUGAGAAGCAGCGUGAUGAUGCCCUAGAGGCUCUAGUACUUCAGCAGGAGAUUGCUGAAGAAUUGGAGCGCGAAAGAAAGCGCAACGAAAAGGAGAUUGCUUCUCUACAGCAUACCAAUUCGAAUCUCUUGCGCCAACGAGACGAUGCUCAACGUGUCGUUAUUCACCUCCGGAGCCUUAUCAAUGGGCAGGCUCACCACAUGGAGCACAUUGUCCGCUCCAUCGACAGCUCUCCCGAGUUAUCUCGGUACGUUGAAGAAGGCCAUGAUAUGUCAGCUGAGGAUACUGCCAAAGGUGAUGAAGAACCAUCCAAACCCCAAGAUUUCGGCAAUAAAACCGCCUCGAGCCGGAAAUCCAGCUCCCGUCUCAGUAACCGGUCUGCUACUCCCACUCUGUCAGAUGACGCCCCUACCAAUGCGGACAACCGCAUGUUGAGCGUCGACAAGAGGAGACGCUCCAUAAGACUAAGCAUGUCUGACGUAGCUGAUAGACAUCUCCGCGACAAAACCGAUGCUAUUGCAGACAUCAUCCGCACCAUCAGCGAUCAGUGUGCCGCCGCCGUCGAGGGUCUCCAGCUUGCCCAAGCAGACUUCGAUAACUCCGAGCUCUCCAAGCACAACUCAAGCCAAGAAGGAAUGGACCUCGACCGACCCAACGGAAGCGAGGCGGACGACAACGAGAGAGCGAAUCUCAGCCCCGAUGGCCGUCAGUCUACUAUUCCCCCUACCCCCGACCUUGUCCCAAACCGGUCAAGCACGUCAAUGUCCAUGGCCAGCAGUUCAACGUUCCAAGAGCGAUCAAGCCAGCAGUACGGACCAAACGAAAUACCCACGAAAAUAGUAGAACAUGAUGACGAGCAUGCUCAUGAGACAGCGCAGGAAGAAGAAAAUGUUAACUCAAUGGACAAGACACCCAGUGGCCCUAAUUACAUCAGGCCCGGAACGUCAACUUUACUCUCAUAG